AUGGCCAUGUUGAUCGUUCUUCUGCUUCUCAGUGCUGCCUUUGCUCUGGGAGACGCAACAGAGAUUUCAUUUGUAGAAGAAGACUUGUGUCCCUCCGGUUGGACCAAAUAUGGAUCACGCUGCUUCAUGUUUGUCAAGACUGCAAGGACCUGGCCUGAAGCAGAGCGGCACUGUGUGUCCCUUGGUGAAAAACUGGUGUCUGUGCCCAGCACUGUAGAGUACCUUGGAGCAAACCUGGCAUCUGUACACAGCUCUGAGGAGGAGCGAUUUCUACAGACGUUGGUCAAGACUGGCGGCUUCCCUCCUACCUGGAUUGGAGGAUUUGAUGCUGAUAAGGCGAAGGACAGGCUAUGGUUCUGGAGCGACGGCUCCGACUUUGAUCACCAGAACUGGGCCAAAGGACGGCCCAGUAACGCUGGUGCCAGAGAGAGGUGUAUUCAGAUGAACUUUGGAGGUGAACGCCGCUGGAACAAUGCAAUAUGUGGAAGGAGCUUGCUCUCUGUGUGCUCCCUGAGACUCUUGCCACUCCGUCAAUCUAUAGAGACUAUCACCAUGGCCAUGUUGACCAUUCUUCUGCUUCUCAGCGCUGCCAUUGCUUUGGGAGACAUAAAUGUACGAGGACCAUUCUUCACGUUUAUCAAGACAGCAAGGACAUGGGCAGAAGCACAGCGGCAUUGUAUUUCCCUUGGAUUUAACCUGGCGUCUGUGCAUAGCUCUGAUGGGGCGCAACAUCUAAAGGAGCUGGUGUUUUCCGAGACUGGCGAAUUCACUCCUACCUGGAUUGGAGGGUUUGAAGUUCCUAAAGAAAUACUGGAAGAGGACAGGCUAUGGUUCUGGAGUGAUGGGUCCAAGUUUGAUUACCAGAACUGGAAUCAAGGAGAGCCCAAUAACAGUGGUGGCAGCGAGCCAUGUAUUAUGAUGAACUCUGGAGGUGGAGAAGGCUGGAACGAUCUAGCAUGUGAAACAGAUUGCCCUCGGUGUGCUUAAGGCGGCC